AUUUGGGGAUGGCUCCCAGCGAUGGGCGGGGUUGAAGGAACCGCGAGCGGACUUUGGUUUUAGAGCGGAGCAUAAGUUACAACGUAUCAUGAACUCGAAUUGACUAUAGAUCCGAUCAAGAUUCUCGGUUCUCGUAUAUGAAUCACCGUGGAACAACGUUUGACUGCUAUCCGAUCUCAGUGGCUCAGCCACACUUGACUUGUUCUAACAUCUUAUAUCAACAAGAUCAUAAGCCAAUCAGACCAAGAGAAAGGGUCAGCUUCCUCUUGCUGAGCAUGAACUAUUUAUCGACAGCAUCCUCUAAAUCUCAAGGGGGAGCAAGGGAGGGUAAGCGGGCCAUGCCAUGGCAUGUCCGGCUGACACGAGGCGCGAGUCAAAGUGUUUCCAACAGAAUGGAAAGGCGCUCGUCUUCGUCAGCGGCGUCGUGGCGUUGGAGACGGGGUGUGUGUGUUUCCCAGACCACCGGGACGCGGGUCGAAGACCGGGGACUUGAGAUGGGGCUUGCAAGGGUUAUCCCGAGAAUGGUUCAAAGGGCAGCUCGAGACGAGGGUUUCUUUUGUCUGGAGAAGGGACAGAAGACACAAGAAAGGACAAAAAAGAAGAGAAAGGAGUUCCGAGGUCCGGCCCGGGUUGUCCAUUCACAGUCACUUCCCGGUGAUGGAAGACGGAAAAGAACAGCUCCAGGCAUGGAUGGAUGUUGCUCUCGAAUCUUGACAGGCUGGAGACCCUUUCUUAACCGCGCGUCUCCGCGCAAGCCCUCGUCCAAGAAUUCGACGACCGUAUCCGUUGGAGAAAGAAUUCGAAGUGGAUGACAAUGACUUAUGUUCAAGACAAAUUGGGCUUGAAGUCCUGAUUGUGAGGCUCGAACAAGACUUGUGUUGGCUUGGUAUCUCGUAACUCAUGGCACGUUCUUGACGAUGCAUUUCUGCCUGCUGAAUCAGUCUUUCAGUACGGCGUUGCAUUCGCUUUCGGCAGCCCGGCCGAGACUCUGCCAAGAUAACCACAGCAUGGCAGAGUGCGCAUGUACUCGCAAGAGCCUUCAAUGUUCAAUGUUGUGCUCGGAAUCCACUUGGGCUUCGAGUAAAGACCUUGGAAGCCGGGAGUACGCACGGAACAGAG